AGUUGAUAAGAUGACACUAAAACGAGGAAGAGUUUGUGUGGAGUCAUGUGCAAGCACUCCGGCUACAUCGUCACAUGUUUAGCUAGCCUUAGCAAGACGGUCUAGUCUCGCAUGGAGGCCUCAACGCGCCGUUCUAACGUGUGAAUACAAAAGUUUGCUGACGAAAAGCCCCAUGUAAGGUACGCACAAGACGCCUCGUUUGGUGGCGAGCUUAACGCGGUCCGAACCGAAGGCGAACGACAGGCCGAAAAUGGAGCCCGAAACCUCGGGUCGAAGUCCGGCCGACGUGGGGUGGUCCAAACGGCCAGACUUGAGAGAGGAGACGCCGGGAGAAGAGGCGAAAGGCGGGGACGGGAACAUCGUGGUGUUAAGGCGAAGAGGCGGAGACGAAGCAGUCAAAUGUAAGGGUGUGAAAUUUGAGCGUGGAGGUGGCAGAGAAAAUGACUACCAGGUGAAAACCAGAGACGAAGAGGAGGCUGCUAAAUAUGAGGAGGAGCUGGAUCCAAGAAUUCAGGAGGAACUCGAACACCUCAACCAAGCCAGUGAUGAGAUCAACAAGGUGGAGCUUAAUUUGGAUGAUGCCAGGUCCAGCUACCGGAAGAUCCUCACUGAUUCUGCCAGGAAGCUGAAUGCUCAGGGCUCCCAACUUGGUGCCUGCAUUGAAAAAGCCAGGCCUUACUAUGAGGCCCGCAGACUGGCCAAAGAGGCACAACAGGAGACCCAGAAAGCAGCUCUAAGGUAUGAGAGGGCUGUGUCCAUGCACACUGCUGCCAGGGAGAUGGUCUAUGUGGCAGAACAAGGCCUGUUGGCUGACAGGAACACCAUGGAUCCAACCUGGCAGGAGAUGCUCAACCACGCUACUGCUAAGGUGAACGAGGCUGAGGAGGAGCGCUUUCGCAGUGAGCAUGAGCACCAGCGAGUCACACAGCUCUGCCAGGAUGCUGAGGCUAAAGUCCAAACCCUCCAAAAAUCACUGAAGAAGGUCAUACUCAAGUCCAAACCAUACUUCGAACUUAAGGCUCAGUUCAACCACAUCCUGGAGGAACACAAGGCCAAAGUAGUACAGCUGGAGGAGCAUGUAGCAAAAGUAAAAACGCGUUAUUCUGUGGCUCUGCGGAACCUGGAACAGAUCAGUGAGCAGAUCCAUGCUCAGCGAGGGCGAAUCCGUGCUGGCAGGGGGCGACUAGCAAUGUGUGGUGGCCGUAGCUCUCCAGUUGGCGCUGAGGCUGAGACCAGAGCUGCAAUCAGGGUUCCGAUUGGUAGCUUAGUGGGAAUGGGUAAGGUAGAGAGUGACUGGGUAGAUGGCGAGAAAACGCGGCUGUGGGUGGAGAAGCACCGGGAGAACGGCUGGGGCCAGAGAGAAGAGCUGGAAGCGGAGCAUACUGGUUCAGACCGCAUGUCCAUCAUCAGUCUGAAGACCAUCGCUUCUGACCUGGAAAAGUGUGAUUCGGUCGAACAUCUCGGUGACUUUAGCGAUGUCGGGAGCGCUCUGGGUGACGAGUGGGACUGGAACAGGAAGACUCCGCCCGGGCCCGGGAACAGGGCGGAAUUGACCGAUGGACCCCGGCAGGUCAGAACACACCAGCAGAACGAAGGAGGUGGUAAGCAGGAGAAUAAGGAGAGCUUAGUCAAGCACCACCACAGAAGGGUGAGUCUGUAAUUUAGGGAGAAAUAAAGCAAAAGUCAAAGCGAAAUGAUCAGCGCGAGGAUUAGAAAAGUUGUUGAUCUCGGAUCAACAACUAUCUCGGAAUAUAUUUACUCAGUAGUAUCAAUAGUAUAUUAGGAGUAGGGGGUUUAUUUAUCUAUCAUACAUUACAGGAAGUCCUCGAGUUACGACGUACUCGACCUACGACGUUUCGACUUUACGACGCCCGUGCCUCGUCCGCCAUUUUGUCCCAGCACCAUAGUGUUUCUGCUUAGCGAGCGCAUAGUGCUUGUCUGUGUUUGUGCGCCGGGAGUAUCGUUGCCUUUUUCGCCCUCCUUUUUUCACACUCUCAGCCGUAAUGGUAAGUACAGCAUCUUAUUUGAUUAUUUUAGUUUCUCUAUACGAAGUGUUAACCUUUCCUGCUACGGUCACCUGACCGUGCUCGGGAGGCGCAGGGGUCUUCUCUCGUUGCACAGCUGAGCUGGGUGGCGGCAACAAUAAAGGCACGAAGCACCGAUUUGCUGCUUCGAUGGCUUUAUUAGCGCCUCUGCGCAUUCAACGUCAACGGGUCCUCCGCUAAUCGACACUCUUCCCCGGUCGCCGUCACUACACUUGCCACUGCACACACUCGUCGCCAGCGUGGGAACGGAACUCGUUUGUAAAUCGAGGACUUCCUAUAUAUAUAUAUAUAUAUAUAUAUAUAUAUAUAUAUAUAUAUAUAUAGUUGAAACCAGAUCACAAUCAUCUUUAUUUGCCAAGAAUGUCGAAAACACUCCAGUAGUUGGAGCCACUCUAGUGCGACAACAGACAUCCAUUUUACAGACAAAUACUUUUGAGACAUAAAAACACAGCACGGUGAGUCACUGAGCAAUGAAAGGUCACAGAUAAUGUGGU